AUGAGCCCCAAAGAUUUCAACGCCAAGCUCGAGAUAGGCGACAGCUAUACUAGUAGCCCCAAAAAAGUCCGGCCGAGCCUCUUAUCCAAUCCAGCCGCCGUCGUGAGGGAGAUCCUCGCAGACUGUGCAGCAGUACGCCAAAAGUACCACUUCUACCAGCUGCUUCCACUGCUGGAGGAUCUCGUGAAGAAGGGCGAGCCCCUCGACGACAAAAAAGGCACCACUGAGCAGCUGAUUGAAAUCCUCACUCUCUUGCCUGCCGAGUCGCAGCUGCGCACCGACCUCACGAAUACUCUCCUCGACACUCUUUGGGAUAACCUCCAGCACCCGCCUCUGAGCUAUCUUGGAGGCAAUGUGAGCUAUCAAACGGAUCAAGAGGUCGAGCAGGCUAAAGUAGGAAAAUCGAACACCAAGACUAGCUCCCUGGAUCCAGAGUCGGUCGAAUUCGUGUCUCCGGUGGAUGCCAACAUCAAGCUGGUUGAGACAGUGCCCACUCCUCCCAACGCGGUUCUCCAGUACCGAACCCCGGACGGCAGCUACAACAAUAUUCUGAGCCCAGAUCUCGGAAGGGCUGGAACCCCUUAUGCCAAGUCCGUGCGAACGGAGAAGAAAUUGGCCGGCGUGAAGCCCGAUGCCGGCCUUCUCUUCGACCUUCUUAUGGCUCGUGGGGACAAGCCCGGUGAUUUCAAGGAAAACAAAGCCGGCGUCUCUUCCAUGCUCUUUUACCACGCUUCAAUCAUCAUUCACGACAUCUUCCGCACGAAUCGGGCCGACACCAACAUUUCGGACACAUCGUCGUAUCUUGACCUCGCCCCUUUGUACGGUUCCAGCCUGAAGGAGCAGCUCUCAAUUCGUACAAUGAAAGAAGGAAAACUAAAGCCCGACACGUUUGUGGAGAAGCGCCUGCUCGGUCAGCCGCCAGGAGUCAAUGCUAUACUUGUGCUCUACAGCCGAUUUCACAACUACGUUGCUGAAGUUCUCCUGAAGAUCAACGAGGCAGACCGUUUCCAGCUUGCGGCCGGCCCGGACCAAGGCCCGGUCCAAUACGCUAAGGCCAUUGCCAAGCAGGACCAUGACCUUUUCAAUACCGCUAGACUGAUUGUAAACGGACUAUACAUCAAUAUCUGUCUCCACGACUACCUGCGUGCGAUUACCAACACGCAUGCCUCCGCCAGCAACUGGACCUUGGACCCUCGAGUGGAAAUCGACAAGCACUUUGACAGCCAAGGGACUCCGCGCGGGAUUGGCAAUCAAGUCAGCGCUGAGUUCAAUCUUCUGUAUCGGUUCCACUCAUGCAUUUCCAAGAGGGAUGAAGCUUGGACCAACAAGUUUUUUACAGAGCAGAUAUUUGUGGGCAAGAGCCUGGAGGAGAUCUAUAAGAUGUCGGAAGCCGACCUGAUGAAGGGAGUGCUGCAAUCUGCACAGCAGGUGCCAUCGGAGCCGGAAAAGCGAGAGUUCGGCGGCUAUAAGAGAGGAGCUGACGGGAAAUUCAAAGAUGAAGACCUCGUGAGCUGCCUAAAGGCAUCAAUGGAUGAUCCCGCGGGUAUCUUCGGCGCGCGUCAAGUCCCAAAAAUUUUGCGAGUGGUUGAGAUUUUGGGCAUCGUACAAGCGCGCAAAUGGCAAGUCGCCUCUCUGAACGAGUUCCGCGACUUCUUUGGCCUGAAGCGCCACCAGAAAUUCACGGAUAUUAACUCAAACAAGGAUAUAGCGAAUAUCUUGGAACGGCUAUACGCGCAUCCCGACAUGGUCGAGCUCUACCCCGGCCUUAUGAUCGAGGACGCCAAACCGGUUAGAAGCACCGGCUGCGGCAUCUGCCCUACCUACUCCGUGGGCAGGGCAAUCCUCUCGGACGCCAUCACCUUGGUUCGCUCCGACAGGUUCAACACAAUCGACUAUACCGUGAGUAACCUAACCGCAUGGGGCUACAAUGAAGUCCAGCAGGACUACGAGACGCUCGGCGGCUCCAUGUUUUAUAAGCUCAUUCAACGCGGCCUGCCCGGUUGGUUCCCGUACAACUCCCUUAACGUCAUGCAGCCCAUGUACACGAAGGAGGCUAAUAUGAGAAUUGCCAAAUCUCUCAAAACGAUCCAACUGUACACGACAAAAGACCCGGCACCUCCACGCCCUGUCGUAGUUCUGACAAAGCAUGAUGAUUGUAAGGCUGUUCUUGAGGAUCACAAAACGUUCGUCGUCCCAUGGUUGCCGGCGAUCAACGACCUCUUCCCUGGAGAAAGAGACUUCUCCUGGUAUAUGCUCAGCGGAGACGGGGCGCAGAACUUUGCGAACCGGCAGAUGUCCGAGAAGAUAUUUUAUGGGGCAAUGCCUAGCCUUUUGCCCACGGUAAAGCGGUUCGUCAACCAGUGGGGACGUGAUUGGAUCAGCAAAGAGGGCUUCAAGAUGGCCGAGGGUCUCUACGAGAUCGACAUCCUUCGCGAUGUUGUCAUCCCAUUGAACGCACGCCUCUUGGCUGACCUGUUUUACUUCGACUUGAGAACAGAUGACGAAAAUCCCCAGGGCUCGCUAUCACAUGCAGACCUCUACAAGCACCUUUUAAACAUUCGCGUCUGGGGGGCCAAUAACAACGAUCCAGCCCAGGCUUGGAAUCGCAGACGGUGGGCUCAGCAGUCGGCCAAGGUCAUCAUUGACACCACGCGACCGCUGGUGCAGGAGGUGGCAAACGGGAAGGACACUGGCGGCAUGUUUACGUUUCUGUCUUCAUUUGUAUGGCCCAAUGGAUCCCAUGGCUCGAAUAUAAAAGAGGGCUCGCUACGCUCGCUUGGUCGUAAGUUAGUGCAAGCAUACCUUGCAAAUGGUACGUCAGUGGAAAAAACGAUUGACAACCUCUGGCUCAACGGUUUUGGCGCUGUUGGCACCCUUGUUACCGCGUUCGCCGAGUGUAUGGAAUUCUUUCUCCAGCCCAAGAAUGUCCAUAUUUGGUCCGAGGUCCAAAGCAUGGCUGAGAGGGACGACGAUCAAGGAAUCCGUGAUUAUUUCCAGGAGGCUCAGCGUCUCACCACCCGGGGAAGAAACAUGCGCAUUGCUACCAAGUCGAAAAGGAUUGGCGAAAAGUCGAUCGCGCCUGGAAGCGCAGUAGUUUUGAUGCUCGGCGAGGCAGGGCGCGACGCCAGUCAUGUUUCUAACCCGCAUGAGUUUCGGUCCGAUCGCAGAAGCCAGAGCGCCACCAGCCGGCCGAUGCAGCCUUUCAGCGACGGCAUCCACCACUGCUUCGGCCGAGAAAUCGCCAUCACCUUCGUUUGCGAGAUGAUCAAGCUUGUGGCCGGUCUGAAGGACCUCCGGCCCGCGCCCGGCCUCUCUGGCCAGAUCAAGGCCAUCCAGCUGGGCACCGAGAAGUGCUUCCUUAACAACACUUGGUCUUACCUUACGUUUGACCCAACCAAAGCCACUCGCUUCAGUCUAGCGUUUCGUCAACGAGCUGGACUUUCAGAGGCGGAGAAAAGUCGAUGUACAGAGAUCCUGAAGAAGGCGGGAAAAUACAACAUCUUGCUCCCUCGGAACACUGCUAGGAGGACUCUGAAGGCCAUGUCGCCAAUCAUCUUCGAUUUGAAUUGUGAAACAAGAUACGGCGUCUUUCAGCAAUACCUUCACAGGAAUCUCUUAUGGUACGUGUCUGACAACAAAUUGGAGCGGAUAGAGUAUCGCGAGCCGGAAGUGUCAUCGUGGUCACGGAUGGCAUACACUGGAGGCGUCCAGUUCAUGAAAAUAACCUUUGACGGUGGCGUGUGGAUUGAAGACCUCCGAUUUGAUGAUGAGCGCUGUGGAGUAGAAUCAAUCAAAGUAUCAGAUUGGUAG